AAAGCCUAAACGGCUUUUGGCUGUCACUGGGUGUAGGCAGUAGAGGAGCAUCAAGCACAGACUUGCACGCUGCUGGAAGGAUCUAUUACAUUGAAAAAAUUAGGAGAAGGCACAGCGUGACCAGACUGCAGUCUGAAAGGGAAGAGAGAGCACUGAAGACUGUGAGCAGAGCCUUCUGAGGGAGCAGCUCAAGAGGAAACCAAGAUGUGGAAGAGGUCAAAGGUGACCGAUCAAACUGCCACUGGGCAGGCGGUCGACGCUUCUGAGGGAGUUCAACCAGACGACAAAGGCAUCAAGAAGAAGUCGAAAGUGCCCGGUGUCAUGAUAACACAGUUUUUGGAGGAACUUCCUGAGGAAAUGUCGACUCCAGAUUUCACUCGAAAGCCCAUCGCUCUGACCAUUCAAGAGGGUAAAUGGGCCGUCUUUAAAGCCAUCGUAGUGGGAAACCCAACACCUACUGUGACGUGGGGCAGAGCAAACGGAGAAAUAGUUUAUCAUCCUGACGUGUGCCUGCAAAAGUACGAUGAGGCGUCUCAUGAACAUACCCUCGAGUUCCCCAAGGUCGCGCCUGAGGAUGCUGACACCUACAAGUGUUAUGCAACAAAUGAAUAUGGAAGGGCUGUUUGCCCCGUUGUCUUGAAUGUUAUUGAGGUUGGAUUUUCUAAAACCAAGGAACUGCAAAAGAUUCAAGUUGAAGAUACAACAGACUACAGGAAAAUGCUAAAAAAACGUAAAACCGAUGGAACGCGUGAGGUAAAGCCAAUGGAACCGGAGGAGAAGAUCUGGGAAAUUCUGCUCAGUGCAGAUAAGAAAGACUACGAGCGGAUCUGUGCUGAGUUUGGUAUCACAGACUUCCGCGGCAUGCUGAAGAAACUUAACGACAUGAAAAAAGAACGAGAGCAGGAGAUCGCUGAGUUUGUGUCACACAUCAGUACGCUAAAACACAUCGAGGUCAGUGAUGACGACUGUGCAACAAUUGAGCUGGAUAUGGACUUAAAGGAUCCUAGUAGCAAAAUCUUCCUCUAUAAGGAUGGUGUCAUGGUUCCUUUCACAAAAGAAGCCACAGAAGAUAUGAAGCACAAUUUGAAACAAGUUGGCAAAAAAUACGUGUUCACAAUUAAAAAACUGGGUGCAGAAGACGCCGGACUCUACUCAGUGGAUGUAGAGGGUGUCAAUGUAUUCUCUACAGAUUUUAAAGUGCCUGAAGUCGACUUUGCUGUGAAAUUACAAGAGGUCAAGGCAGAAGAACGCGAGGAUGCUCUCUUUCAGUGCGUACUAACUGCCCCACUGAGUGAGGUCAAGUGGUUUGGCAAAAGUGCUCCGCUGUCCAAUAGUGACAAACAUGAAAUUACCGUAUCUGAAGAUAAGCUCAUUCACAAGUUGAUUGUGCGGGACUGUAAGCCACUGGAUGCCGGUAUCUACGCUGCUGUGGCAGGAAUCAAGUCUUGCAAUGCGUGGCUUGUAGUUGAAGCUGACAAAGAUCCUGCCAAUAAGGGCAAGAAGGCAGCUCGCAAAACCACCAUGGCCGGAGGGGGCAGCGAUGAAGAGCUGUUAAAAAUAGCAAAGCAACAGCAAGAAAGAUAUAAUAAAGAAAUGGAAGAAAAACUGGAAAAGGCCAAGAAAGCCCAAGCGGAGAGAGAAGCUGCAGAAGCAGUUGCCCGAAGUGAGGCAGAAGCAGCUAGACAGGCAGAGGCUGAGGCCAAAGCUGCAGCUAAUGCUGAGGAGAAGGCUGCAUCAAGGGCAAGGAAGGCAGCAGCUGGCCAGGAUGGAGCUGCAAGCAGAACUAAGAAAAAAGGAGCUGGUGAUGCUGCUGGGACAGGCUCCGCUGCAGGUGGUGCUGGUGGUGCUGGAGGCGGUGGUGCUGGUACAGGUGUUGCUGGAGGGGCCGGUGGUGCAGGAGGGGCCGGUGGUGCCGGUGGUGCAGGAGGCGCCGGUGGUGCCGGUGGCGUAGGAGCCGGCGGUGGUGCUGGUGGUACAGGUGGCGCCGGUGGUGCUGGUGUGGCUGGAGGGGCCGGUGGUGCUGGUGUUGCUGGAGGGGCCGGUGGUGCUGGUGUUGCUGGAGGGGCCGGAGGUGCUGGCGUUGCUGGAGGGGUCGGUGGUGCUGGUGGUGCUGGAGGGGCCGGUGGUGCCGGUGGUGCCGGUGGUGCUGGUGGUGCUGGAGGCGUCAGUGGUGCUGGUGGUGCUGGAGGGGCCGGUGUUGCUGGUGGUGCAGGUGGUGCUGGAGGCGCCGGUGCUGGUGGUGGUGUUGGAGGAGCCAGUGGUGUUGGUGGUGCUGGUGGUGCAGAUGGUGCUGGAGGAGGAGGAGCUGGAAAAGGCGGAGCUGGAGCUGGAGGGGGUGAAGGUUUUGGAGAAGACGACUACGAUUCAUUUGAAUAUUCUGAUGAAGAAUUUGAGGGAGAAGGAGGAGAAGGAGGAGAAGGAGGAAAAGGAGGAAAAGGAGGAAAAGGAGGAAGACGUAGGAAAAAAGUGAGAGAUGGUGAACUUGGAGCGGACACACUGAUAGGAGAUGACGAUCAGGAGGGAGCUACAGAUGAACAAGGUGAAUCCGGAAAAAAAAGAAGACGUCAAAAAAAGAAAAUUGUGGAGGUUGAAGAACCCGUUGUUGAUCCAGGAGUCCACUUUCAUGCUGGGCUUUCUGACUGCAAAGCCAUUAUUGGAGAAGCUGCAGAAAUUGAGUGUAAAGUGAGCAGCGAAGACUGUGUUGGAAUCUGGUAUAAAGAUGGAGAAGAGAUUAAAUCAUCUGACGAUCUGACGAUUUCAAAAGACGGCACUUUCCACAGGCUGAAAAUUCACAAAGUUACAGAGGAGUACGCUGGAACAUAUAAAUUUGAAGCAGAUGGGAGGAAGACAGAGGCGCAGAUUGUUGUUGAAGAUCCACCCCGAUUUGACAAUGAGGAACUUGUAGCAUUUCAAACUCCGGUAACUGUGAAAAAGGGACACAAGGCUACUUUCAAACUGCCUUAUAUUGGACGGGAACCCAUAAAGGUUCAGUGGUACCUUGAGGGUGAGGAGCUUUCAGAUGAGUCCAACAUCAAGAUAGAGCACUCAGAAGGGUCUAGUCGUUUGCUUCUGACCAAGCUGCAGCGCAAAGACAGUGGUGAAGUCAAGAUUAAACUCAAAAAUGAGUUUGGCACCAUUGAGGCCCUCAGCCAGCUUAUUGUACUGGAUAAACCCACUCCUCCAAUGGGACCUCUGGAGAUUGUUGAAGCCUCCUCCUCUGGAAUUGAAUUCAAGUGGAGACCACCCAAAGACAGCGGUGGCUGCAAGAUAGGAAACUACAUCCUCGAACGACAACAAGUCGGCCGCAACACCUGGAAAAAGGUGGGGCCCAUUGGUCCAAAUGCCAAAUACAAGGACACUGAUGUGGACCACGGCAGGAGGUACUGCUACCGCAUCAGAGUGGAGACAGAAAUGGGCACCAGUGAGCUGAUGGAGACGGAGGACAUUCAAGCUGGUACAAAAGCAUACCCUGGACCUCCGUCAGCACCAAAGGUUGUGACUGCCUUCAAGAACUGCAUCAACCUCACCUGGUCUCCUCCUGCUGAUACCGGAGGAACCAAUAUUCUGGGAUACAACAUGGAGAAGCGCAAGAAGGGCAGCAACCUGUGGGGCCCCGUCAACCCACCCAAUGAGAUGAUCAAAGGCAAAAGUUUUGGCGUGAAAGAUGUGGUUGAGGGAAUGGAGUAUGAAUUCCGUGUGUCUGCAAUCAACAACUCUGGAGCCGGGGAAUUCAGCACGCCGUCUGAGUUUGUGUUUGCCAGAGACCCUAAAAAGCCACCUGGUAAAGUCAUUGACUUGAAAGUGACAGAUUCUACCUACACAACCCUGUCCCUGUCUUGGACCAAGCCCAAGGAUGUUAAGGAGGUUGAAGAUGAAGCCAAGGGAUAUUUUGUGGAGAUCAGGCCCGCGGAAAACACAGACUGGGAUCGCUGCAACACCAACGCAAUAACUUUGACUUUCUACACAGUCAAAGGCAUGAAGUCAAUGGGCAUGUACUGGGUGAGAGUCAUUGCUGUUAAUGAUGGAGGAGAGGGAGAGCCACAGGAACUGGAUAAUUACAUCCUCGCCAUGCCCCCACCUGUGAGGCCACGAUUCACAGAUGCCAAAAUCAAGAGUUUCAUGGUGGUCAGAGCCGGAAAUUCUGCACGAUUGAAUAUCAACUUUGAGGCCUCCCCUUGGCCAGACGUAACCUGGCUGAAAGAUGGAUCACCAGUGCCCAAAAAAGUGACCAUCAGUAAUGCGGAAGCAGCUUCCCAGCUUCUGAUUACUUCUGCUGAGCGCUCAGACACUGGGAUCUACACGAUCGUUGUCAAGAACAUCGUUGGCCAAGAAACAUUCAGCAUUGAAAUCAGAGUCACGGAUGAGCCUAAGCCUCCAGGUCCCGUGGAGCUUGAUGAAAACGUGCCUGGCACCGUGACCGUUUCAUGGGCCCCAUCUCCAGACGAGAAACGUGACGAUAGGCUGCACUACAUGGUGAUGAAGCGCGACUCAAACAAAAGGACGUGGCACACGGUCGCAGAUCGAAUCUUCAACAAUAAAUUCACAGCUUGCAACAUCAUGCCGGGAAGAGAAUACCAGUUCAGAGUCUACGCAAAGAACGACAUGGGCUCCUCCAAACCCUCCGAGUCUGCCAAGUGGCUCAUUACUUCCAAAAAAGAAAAGUUCACUGUGAAUAUUCCAGAAUCGAAGCCUUGUAAUCUGCAGUGUCCUCCCAAAUUCCUCGUCCCACUGAAAAUGCACACCGCCCCUCAGGGGUAUGAGUGCUACAUGAGCUGCGCUGUAAAAGGGGAUCCGACACCUCAUGUGACAUGGCUGCGCAACAAUAUCAGCCUGAAUACCAACACCAACUACUACAUCUCCAACACCUGUGGAGUCUGCUCUAUGCUCAUACUGAGGGUCGGACCUAAAGACACCGGGGAGUACAAGAUCGUCGCAGAGAACGCUCUGGGCAGGGCAGAGAGCGCCACUAAACUCACAGUGAGAGAAUAAACAAUCAAAUGGUCCGUGAUGAACAACAAACCCUAGGAUAAUAAAGGCUGCCAUUAAUUCACACUGUGUGCAAAUGUGUUUUAAUAUCACUAUCAACUAUUUUACCUGCAUAUUCUCAUAAAGGCUAGCAUUUAUUAUUAGUGUUGUUAUUAUUAUUAUGAAUAAUUUAUGAGUCACAAUGACACCUACAGCUCCUACAAAUGCUGCUGACCCUACAGUACCCAUCACGUGUUGUUUGUUUUGAUUUUAAUUGUGCAAUUCGAUCAGUUAAAUGGAACCUUAAAAAUACUAUGGUGCACGUUUUAUUUGAACUAUAAUCACAUGCAUGCUAAACAACAAAGCUAUGUAUAGCAGUGUUUUAUUGAGUUUAAAUGCGUUAAAGGUAUUAGCCUAAAGCAGUCGUGUCUUUAAAUCAUUUGCCAGGUACCUUCCUACGUUUAGAGUUUCUUAGUUCGAAAUCAUAGUUUAUUCUUAAUUGUGGAUUUAUAAUCUCCCCCAUCAAACUAAAUAAACUUUUCUGGUCUCUUACAUGUAUUGAUUGUUCUAUGUACUGAUAUGAAAAUGUGUGUGGGUUUGGUGUAAAUAAAUAUUUCAUACUGCA